AAGAAAAAGGAAGUUAAAGGCAAGAAAAAAGAUUAAGGAUGUACGACCAAGCCUUUUUUUUUUUUUUUUAUCGUUGUCGUAUUUCAACAGUGUUUCUAUGAUUUACAAGGAAAAGGUUACAUUGGUAAGACGCAAACUUAAAAAGCUUUUUUCGUUUACUUUUCCCCGAAAACUUUUUGAAUUUGCGCUCCCCGUUUAAAGACAGUAUUGUCGCGCUUUUCACUGCCGUUCUCUUUUCACAACAGUCAGCAAUAAUGGCUGAAGAGCAAACACUUGAAAGUCUUCGAGACAAUUACAGUCUUAAACCCGGAACUAGUUUUGGAAAUGCUACUAGCUUUUUCAAUGAUGUUUAUGGCUUUAUUCAAGAAGGCCGAAAAAAUUUGAUAGCGGCCGCGCAGAAUCGCGAAGAAAACGAUCAAUCAGACAAAUUAGUCACUAUUGACCAGCGAUUUAAAAACUUGAUCGAUCUUGAACGUAAGAUGGACCAACAAAAGCAAGCUAUUGAAACAUUAAAAAGUCAAAUUGAUAACGGUGAAGUCGUGACGGAUCCUGUCGCGCACUACGAGACAUUAUUACAUCAAAUUGCGCAGGAAGAUGAAACUAAGACAGAUGAAGAAAAAUAUUAUACAAAUCACAGAUACAUUCAGUUCAGACAAACUAUAUGGAGUAUAAAACACCCUGACGAAGAAAUGCCUAGCUUAGUAUCUAACGAUGAUGAUGAUAUUGUAAUGGGCCCCACUAAGAUUUCACUCAAAUGCCCACUUACCACAACAUGGUUCGAGGAACCCGUAACAAAUACACCUUGUAGACAUACCUUUUCAAAACGCGCAAUUUAUGGUUUGUUACGAUCUGGAGGAUCUAGGGUCUGUCCAAUCCCAGGCUGUGAUAAGACUGUCAGCACAGGAACGUUAGUUCCUGAUCCAGUCAUGGCUGACAGAGUGGCCAGAGUUAGAGCAAGGGAAGAAGAAAGUGCUAAUGCAACAAAGGUAAAACUAAACUAUAAAAAGCAUGAUACCAAUCGUUAAAACUGAUCAUCAUUGGAUCUAUUUUUUCGUAGCGCUUCGAUAUUGAAUGAAUACAUGAGAUAUUCAAAGAUGUAAUAGUAGUAAUAUACAUAUAUUGUACUUUUUUCUUUUUUUUUUUGUUUAAAGGAAAAGUGACCUUCGCAUUGAAUUCUGUAAAUAGUUAUAUACCAUUCCAGUCACGACAUGAUCAAUAAAAAGAUGUAUUGCUAAUUUUAGUAGUAUUUCUGAGGAUAUUGAAGGUUGUUCGUACUAGAAAUAAAGCCUAUUUUCAAGCGUUAU